UAUAUUGUCUUAAGUUAAUUGUCUUGAACUGUUAAUACAAAACUAGUAAUUACUCACUGGAACACAGCUACAUUUUUUUUUAUUUACAUAAUUAAUUGUAUUAGUUGACGUGUUUUAUAUUUUAAUUAAUAGUAUGUCAAGAUUUGUGAAUGGAAUAUUGAAUAAAGUGCACAAGAGUGUUGUGAGUAUUGCCGUUGGAUUAACGGUAAUAUCUACUGGAGUAUUUAUGUUAAGAUCUUACGAAAUUCUAUUCGUACCAGUUGACCAAAGAGUUAAAGCUAGACAAGAAGUCAAUGAAUUGUUAAACAACGAGCAACUACUACAAAACGAAGAAUAGGUAGAUUUAAAAUGCGGUUUUACAAGUAUUGUGAUCUUGUCAAUGCUAAUACGAACUAUGCAAAUCGGAUGAAGAUGCUUAGCAAUCGUAUUUUUGGUGAUGUUGUACGGCCAACUAGUGAAAAAUCUAUGAGGGUAGUGAAGAUGUUUAGUGAAGAACCUUUAUAUAAAAAAGAAAAUGUUAUAAACUACUAUCCUCGUCAUAUAGAGACUGGAUUAUUAAUGAAGAAACUUCGAGAGUAUGGUUUGUAUAGAGAUGAACAUCAAGACUUUAUUGAAGAAAUGAGAAGACUCAAAGCACUUAGAGGAAAAGUGUUUGUUAAAGGAGAGAAAAAAAGGAAAGCUAAGAGUAUUAUGUAAUUGUUUGGUCGUUCAAAAUUACAUUCUUGUACUAAAAAUAAUCGAUUUGUUUUUAGAAUUGUCUAUGUAACUGUUUAAAAAUAUUUUCUUAGUAAAAUUUUUGUAGUUAUAUGUUAAUAAAAUUUGAUUAAUUAAUCUUAUUA